GCAAAGUCAAGGUACCUACCCUACUCUAUUCGUAGCGGCUUAACAAAUCACCCUCCAAGUUACCUAUAUUCUCCCAGUAAACCAUCAGCAAACCCCGCUUCAAAGCCGAAGCUCUCAGGCUUGCCGUUUAGAAACAGCAUUCAACCCGAUUGAAACCUCCAAUUGGACCGCUCUCUCACCCCGCAUCCAUAUCUUCCGAUGCGUCCUUGUGCUGUGUCCCGCAAAGCACAUGCUUCACGACAAAUCAGACUUCCAUAUAAACGAGUGUGGACUGUGCUGGUGGAGAACAUAUUGAUCCGGACCUUGUUACUCAACAGGUACAGGUAGCAUUUCAACAGACCAGAUCGGAUUGGAUGAUUAAUCCCACCAUAAUAUGGGGUGAGAGGAGGGGCCGCGCUAAAUAGCACGACAUUCCCCAUCAUGACAUCCUGAACUUUCCGAUGUACCUUUGCCUCUGUGACAUAACAUACCUAUAUACUGCUGAUAGUCUCUCAUCAUCUCUCUACCUCAUCUUACAGCUGUGUUUCUAACUACUCCCAAAUUCCCUCAAGGCACCCUUCAAGGCUCUAUCAUUACAAUAGCUACCCCUCCCUUACCGACGUCAUGUCUGGCUUCCCCAAACUCAUCCCCGCCUUCACGGCCAGAAUCGCCAUAGAACCCCCCACCGCCAUCUCCCCCCAUCUCCUCCACGUCCCCUUCGUUCCCUCCCUCGGCUCCCUAAUCUCCGAACCCUCCUACCCCCUCAAGCUCAACGCCCCCAUCCUCCACGGCGCAGACUAUAUCACCACCCAACCCGACGGCAAGACCGUCAAGCUCGAGGUCCAGUCCGUAGCCAAGGACGCCUCCACCGGCGCCACCAUCCGCUUCAACUACACCGGCACCGUCUCCCUCCUCGGCGCCGCCGGCAAGGUCCUCAAGGGCGACCCCUCCGCCGCAACCACCGACUUUGGCGAGGCCUUCAUCCACCCCGUCUUCCAAACCGGUGGUGUCCCCGAGUUGGCCGAGCUGGCGAACAAGGUAUAUGUUGGGUCUGGGAGGUUCAUCUUGGAAGAGGGCAAGCCCGUUAUUGUCGAGUACAAGAUUAGUGAGGUUGUUGCCUAGGUGCUGGUUGGAUAGUAUAGUGGAUGAUUUGAGUGCGUGUCAAAGGAAUGAUACAAAAUA